CAAAAAGGCCGCCAUAGCCCGCCAGGAGGUCGACUCCCUGAAAGAAGAGUUGAACAAGCUGAAGGAAAGGCUGAAGGAGGAGGAAGCUCGAGCGGCAGAAAAGGAUGAACUCCUUCGUCAGUCUGCCUUAGCCCUGCUUGAGGCCGCCAGCAUCCCUGCUACUGCCUUGGACAAAGUUCCAGGCAACUCCCCGGCAAAUGGUGUGUCAAUGGUUCUUGCCACCCACCAGCUUUCCCGGGAGCUGCUUGACAAGGGAAAGGGUGCUCUGGCGCGGAUGCAUUCAAUGAUAUUCCCCAAGGCCAAGCAGGAGAAGACUCUGGGACAGCUGAUUGAUGCCUUCGCAGUCGACACCAAGGAGGUCAUCGAGGUAUUCAAGCGCACCUCACGUACCUAUGGUGCCCUUCUUGCCUUCCAACUUAUGAUGGGUUACGGCUUUAAGGCUGACAUCGAAGAAAUGACUAAGGAGCUGCCGAAAGAGAAAGAUGGGCGUCUUGUUAACUUAAGCGCUUUUACAGCGUCCGCCCGUACUUGUGCUCGCCAGCUCCUUGAUUUAGUUUCGUCGGGAAAGGCAUCGGCUGGCCCUGCACUGUCGACUCAGACUCAGGUUUUCCCGGUGUCCUCGUUUGUUGAUGACUCUUCGGGCGUUCUUCCCGAAGGUUUGCUGUCGAUUGCCAACGCUACUGGGGACCUGGAGACGCUGUACCCGAAGGUAUUGUUGCCUGCCAACAUAGUUGUCGACAUACUCGAGGAAGACUCAAGGGUACCUGAAGAAAGAGGGACUCCACAAGGGUGA